CGCACACGUGCUGUGAUAGUGCCCAGUGUCUAACCAGUCAGGAUGUUGUUUCUGGCACCGCGCAAGCAUCUAUUUGCCACCAAUUUGAUAAUAUUCCUCAUGAUUUAUAUCAUGCGCAAGUGCCUGCAGUUGUUCUGCAUCAUCGAGAACAAGGCGUGCCAGCAGCCUGACUGCCGCUGCGAGCCCGGCCAAACGGACUGCCAGGACUCGCCAGUGAUGGAGCGACGUGGCGGAUUCAAGCUCAUACCGGAUGCCAUGAGGAAGACCAUGCACAGCUUUGGCUAUGGCGAGGGCCACUAUCAGAUCUUCGUGGAGAAGAAGGAGCGCAAUUUGCCAACCAAAUCGCGCCUCAAUGCGGCCAACGCUGAACUCAAGCUGAAUCCCAAUUAGGCGGUCCAGCUUGACAGCCAGCAAAACAGCUCAAGGAGCCCACAAAAUGUGCCAACUACAA